AUGUUCCGAUAUCCUCCAGAAAUUACCUCAGUGCUGGCGCCGUUGGUGGUCGUGCAGGGUUUAGGGGAGGAGGGCACUCUGUUCAAACAGGCCAGCGUCCCGGAGUUCCCCGAAGACAAGCAGAUACGGCUGCAUGACGCAGACUCUCCAGAUAGUCCGCUGAGCAGGCUGUUCUCCGAUCCCGACACUGUUGAGCGCAGAUUGCCGAGCGUGCAGGUUGCUUCCGGGCUGGAACUGGCGCACGUGCUAAAAGACCACUCUCUCGAGUCCGAGUACUGGUACAAAGACUAUGAGAAAAAGCAUCUGUCGUUCAGGUUUAAAUUCGCGGGAUCGACGUUCCGGCUGCCCAAACACGCCGAACGCGCCGACGACGACCGCAGCGUCUCGUCCGACGGGUCUGCGAGCGCGUCGCCGAUCUCGCCAAUCAACCCAGACUCGCCUUGCUACAGAUCAAUUCUGCCCCUGGAAUGGAUCCAGAAAUAUAGAGAGCUGCUGCCGUCUGUAUUUAUUGCCGUGCACGAGCUGGACGCCGGGUCGGACGAAAACGACAAGACGCUGGCAUUGGAGCUCAAUGAUACCCGUGAGAAGCUGGCCAAGCACGGAAUCAAGUUUGUCUGUGUGCUGCUCUGCUCGUCUCCAAGCACCCCGGAGCUGGAGGAAAGAGUGGCCACUCUGCGCAGAACAACGAGCCUGCCGUCGAAAACGGGCAUUCUCGUGCUCCCGGCGGGCAGCCAGAAGGAGCUGGAGUCAUUUGCUGGCGUACUGAUGGCGCUGAUCCGGCCCUGGUGCACCGAAUACUACGCUGUGCGGGAAAAAAAGAUCAAGAGACAGCAGCUUAUGGACGCCUCGUACAGCGAAAAAUUCUGGCUUGCGAGACAGGCACUGAAGAGUGCAGUUCUAGGCGAGCUGAAAGGCGUCACCGAACACAGCACGAAGCUGAUGGAGUACUCGUACGAGAAGCUCAUUGACGUGAUCCGCAGCAUAAGUCGUGAAACUCAGCCCGAAAGAUGGCACGAAUGUCGUUUGUUGCUGGAUUUUGCCGGCAUACACAUCACACGCGGGUACCUUGUGCUGGGGAAUGCCAACAUGGCAUACAAGAAGUUCGACAUCCAUCUGCAGAACAUUCUGUCCGUGCUGCCGUCUCGCUCUUUGAAAUCGUACCCUGUGAUUUCGUGGCUCGCUCUGCAGCUGACCUGGCUCGCGCAACUGGUCGAGAAGUGUCCCGAAUCGAUUGUUUCCGUUGAGCGGCCUUUCCAGCAGCACUCAUCGUCCAAAUGGUUUGGCACUUCCGUCGACGGGCUGCCCAUGCCGCACGGAGGAUACAUUUACUUGCAGGCGUGCUCUUUGGUCCACAGACGUGAGAUUCAGGCGGCCAGCGGCGCCGACGUCUACGACACGUACAUGGCGCUGAGUCCAGACGAGGAAAAGCAGUUUGAUUACCACGGGACGCGCGUCCGGCUGCUGUCGCGCGCACUGGAGUUGUUCACGAGAGCGAAAAAGACAAAAUUCAACAGAAGCGAGUCGUACGUCUACUUCCAGCUGGGAGAGGAGUACUUUGGUAUGGAGAACUACUCGAUGGCGGCAAACAACUUCCUAGUGGCUCUUUCUGCGUUUAAGAACGAAAAAUGGAACCAGAUCGCGGCCAUGAUUUUGUUUCGGCUGUUCCAAUGCUCUGUGAAGCUGGAAAAUUAUAAGGACGCACAAAUUCGCCGGCUGCAGCUUUGCACGCUGGAAGACCGGUUUGUGGCGCGGUACCAAGACGACCUCGGGCAGGAAAUGCCGGUCGACGAGCCUGUUGUGCUGAAGGAACCGCUAUUCGAUGGUCAUCUGGUUUUCAAACACCCGUCCGUCUCGCUGCACGAAAAAGUGCACUUUCAGCUGUAUCUGCGCCCGCUGGUGAACAGCCUGAUGGCAGAGCUUGUUGCCGAGCGCGUGGAGGUCGUCUUUGCUGGCGGGGAGUUCCGUGUUGUCGUUGAGAACGAGACCGGGCCGAACACACCGCUCUGUAUAGUAACGGACGGCCGUGCAAAUCUCGACUUUUCACGCAAGCAGGCCAAAGUGCUGCAAUUUGAGCUGCAACCAGACAAAAUCGGCAAGUUCACGGUUGACAGUGUGCGCCUGGUGCUGCGUUCUGGUUCGCUUUCGUUUGAGAACCAGCUGGUGUCGGUGUGCCGGUCGCCAGACCGGCUAAAAUGGUACAGGCCGUCUAGCUCGAAAUUCAACAAGCCGUUCGAGUGCGAAAUCGUCAACGGGGCGCAGAACGGGUUCGAGGUGAUCCCGAAACCGCCCGAGGUCGAUUUCCGCGUCAGCCACGCCAGCAUCGCAUAUAAGGGAGAAAAGGUGCCGAUCACAGUGCACAUCGGCAACCAGGACGAAAACAGCUUUGGUCUGCGACUCCACGCCACAGGCAAACUGGCCACGACGUCUCUGAAGGUCACGUGGGCCGACGAAGCAGACCACAGCGCCAGCUACCGUGUGUCUGACGCUCUUAGACCACAUGACUCCGCAGACGUCGAGCUGUUCGCGCAUCUUCCGCUGGCAGAGACGGACGGCGACACGGUGAGAAUCGACCUCCAGGUGGACUAUCUCAUCGACAACAACGACAACACUGUGGUGCGCAAGACCAAGCCUGUGCAGAUCCCGGUCGUCGACCUGUUCAAGACCAGCUUCAGGCUCUAUCCGUCGCUGUCGUCGCAUAUUCCGUCACUCUUCGAUGUGAGCGCGGCGGAAAUCGUUGCUGUGCCGUCGCACGACCGCUGUUGGCGCUCGAAGCUGGCUAUUGAAAACGUCUCUGCCGAGGACGUGGCCAUUUCGAACGUUUCCGUGGAGAUCAAUAAAACAACGCCGGAAACGGUCGUGGAGACGACUCUGACGGACUUCCCGGUGUCGCAGCUGGGCGCAAAAAGCACCGGCGACGGCUGGUUCGAGUUCCGGUGCCGGUGCGCGGACGGCGUAUUCAAGCGGUCGAUGGGGCUCGAGCUGUACCUGUCCUUUGAGUACGUUUUGCAGGGGCGGCCGCAAAGCCUGACAAACCGGUACAGAGCCCUCCUUUGGAAGGGCACGCUGCCGCACAUGGACCCGCGCACGCUGGUCAGCGUCGACUACGCGGCAGACGCGCUGCACGUGACGUACGUUAUUGAAAACCCGACGUCGCGCAUUUUCCAGUUCAGCACGACGCUGUCGACGAGCGAGAACUUCAAAAUCAGAAACUACAGAAACCAGCACAACUUCUCGGUGCUGCCGUUCAUGAAGCAGGUCCUGCGGCUGGAGUACGAGCAGCUGGCCGGCGAGGAGUGGACCAAACUGCCAGAGUUCCGCAUCUACGACCUCAACUACAAGAUCUACCUAAACGCGCAGCCAACGAGCGACCGGUUGCAGUCGCGCACCGACGGUGUGUACGUGCGCAAGUAG